AUGGCUCCUCGCACUCGCAAUGCUCGUCUGGUGGACACAACACGCUGGCAACCGUGUGAUAGCAAAGCAGUCGUAUGGAAGGAACCAGCCGUGGCUAAAGACCAUCUAUGCUUGUUGCCUUCCCGUAACAAUACCUACGUCACCAAGGAUGGGAGGAUCAACUUCGACAACCGAUAUGUCCAUCUGCCAAAGACCCGCAGGAGGGAGCAGUCUGUACGGAAGAAGCGCAGGCCUCGUUCUCCGCCGGGUAAAGAAGCAGACGCACCGGCCUUGUACGGCUCUCCGGACUCAUGGGAGACAAUCAGCGAAGAUGGAUUUCAUGCCCGCCCGUCCAUCAAGCUGCCCAUCCCUGAUCACAUCAAGGCGAUGCUCGUGGAUGACUGGGAGAACAUUACCAAGAACAACCAACUCGUUCCCCUCCCUCACCCUCAUCCUGUCGAUGAAAUCUUGAACGAUUAUCUUGCUUAUGAACGUCCCAACAGAGAUGAUGGGUCCGCGAACAUGGAUAUCCUUGAGGAGGUUGUCGCUGGUCUCCGCGAAUACUUUGAGAAGUCCCUCAGCCGGAUUCUUCUGUACCGGUUUGAGCGUCCCCAGUACCAUGAGAUUCGUAAGGUGUGGGAGAAGGCUGGCGAGAAUGAGAAGACUAAGACUGUCUGCGACACUUAUGGCCCAGAGCACCUGUGCCGCUUGAUGGUCUCGUUGCCGGAACUCGUUGCCCAAACCAACAUGGACCAACAAUCUGUGUCCCGACUGCGCGAGGAACUCUCCAAGCUGACCGUCUGGCUCGGCAAGAACGCUAAGAACUACUUUGUCAGCGAGUACGAGACCCCAUCCCAGGAGUAUAUCGACAAGGCUCGAGGUUUCUAG